CACAGCCAAUAGUAAUCAUACCUGAAUCAGCAAAAUUGCCCAAAAUGAACGAAUCAAGUCUGAUAUUAGAACUGCUACAGUCCUGACAAGUAUCAUUGCUGAUCAUGCCUGAUACUCUGACCUGAACCAGUGCAAAACCUUUUCAUGAUAGUGUCGCAACUGAUUUCAUCAUUGUAUCGUGACUGAUUGCCCAAACUGCAUGAUCCAAUACUGAUUUCAGGACUGAUUCAGGCUAGCAUCAAUCCUGAUCCAGAUUUCAACUAUUGGCUGUGCACGUAGUCUCUAUUAUCUAUGGUAUUCUACAAUGCUAUUAUGAUUUAUUUUCUGUAACUUAAGGUGAGACUGUCAAGAUGGCCACUGGUGGAUCAGGAAGGAAUACUGAAUAUAAAGGAUACUUAUUUUAUGAGGAGAAAGGUUUAAAUGAAUAUGUAGCAAUAUUUACAGUAGCUAAAGAUGGAAACACACUCGAUGAUUAUAGGGAAAGGAAGCACCCUAAGACAGUUGGAAUAAUAGAAAUUAUCAACUUUACAUUUGUCCAGCAAGACUCUACACUUACAUCAAGAGGUGAUUAUAUUGAAUUAAAGUUUGAUACUCCACAAUCUAAGCGAACCACUGAUGGAUGGAUUAUUAAACCUCUCACAGUACCUUUUAGAAUAUAUAGAAGUGAUGUUGAUAAGGUUGGUACACCUGGUUAUCCUGACCCUCCCUCCUGCAGUAUAUCAGUACAUGCUACACCUGAUGCUGUUUUUAGACUACGUUAUACUAUGCCAAUGGAAGGUGUGGAUGGAGUUAAUACAUUAGACACGAGAUUAGACAUUGAAAAGAGAUUGAUACGAGGUCCUCUCUUAGACGUUAAUGAUUUACAGUAUGUACUUGACACAUUGAAUGAAGCUGGCUUCUCACCGACGGAAUGGAAAUCUCUUGGUUAUCCUUUAGGAUUAACUUAUGAUACAAAUAAGGCUAUUGAGGCUGAGUAUCCUGGAGAUGAACAAGGAUGUCUUAGGCAGUUUCUAGUGAAAUGGUUUCAGAAAGCUGACCUUGUUGAUUAUAAAGGAGGUCCAAGAAUGACCUCUCUAUGUGUUGCUCUUGAGGACAUUGGUCAAAAAGCAGCAGCUGAUUAUAUUAGAAAGAAUAUUAUUCAUAAAGAUUCUCCAGAGUUACGUCACUAUCGUGAAGCACUUAAGACUAUCGUGAUGUGUCAUCUCACCAAAGCUGUAGUUCAAGGAGAAGCUCGUGUUGGUAAAACCUGUUUCAAGUCACUUCUACUGGAUGAAAAGUACAUCAAAGCAAGUACCGGUAUUGCUGAGCCGAGAGUUGGUAUCUACUGCUACAGACGAGACACUGGGAAACGGUACAAGCUAUUGGAUGUCACAGAGUUAGAAGAAAUUGUUAAGAAUGCUUUGAAAAAAGAUGCAGUAGAAAAAUUCAUCAAUUCUCCACUAGAAAAUCAGGGCAGUGAAGGUCUUGAUGAAAAGAAACCAACCAGAGGAAAUGAAACAGCUGAUGAGACUGACGAUGGAUUUGUUGAUGAAUAUGAAGCCACCGAUAGACCUGGUAAUGGAGAUGGAACGCCUGGAGAUGAAAAUGAAGCACCUGGAGAUGAGAAGGAAAGUUCGCUGAGUAAAGAAGUAAAGAAAGUACUUGACGGAGUGCGACAGUGUUCAGGGAAGGAGAAUCGUCUUGAAGGUGCUCAAUGGCUAUACCUCGUUGAUACAGGAGGUCAAAUUGCUUUUCAAAAGUUGCUUCCAAUUUUUAUGCCGUUUGCUCAAGUUCUUAUUCUGGUUGUUAAUAUUUCAAAAGAGUUGUCUAGCGACUCCACUGCAGUGAUGCACAUUGAAGGCGAGGAUCACAGUGAUGGGAUCACAAAGAUAUUUCAUUCUUCUGCUCACCAUUACAGACUGAUAGGGAUUGGACUGGGUGUAAGAAUGACUGAUCUGAAGGCAACAGAUGAAGCAAUCGAUAAUCUUAUUAAAGUAUUUGAGAGGUGGUUUGAUGCCGAUAAAGAUGUCAGUUGGGAUGCUCUAAAAGAACUUUGUGAAGAAGACUAUCCUGAUGAACUGGGCCAAGCAAAGGCUAAGCUAAAUAAAGCACUUGGCCAUCAGUAG